AGCCACAGGGGGACUUCUCAGCUAUGUACUGUAAAUGAAAAGCCAGCCUGUCAGGACGUCCCUCAUUCCUGGAUAAAAAAAAGAAGAAGUGGGUCUCUCUCCUCUUGGUGGCACAGCAGCAACCCCGGGUUUAUAAGACCAGUGCUCUAAACACUGAGCUAUGCCGUGCCCGAACUAGCACUAUUAUUAGAACAAUACAAAUUUGAAGGUGUGAAAGGUGUUCCGGAAGUUGUUUUGCCGCAGUUAUUGAACUACUUCACGAACGAGUCUAAUAACUUUGGACUAGCUUUCUGGCGGUCUAACGUUACAGUCUAUUGAGCUUGAGUUACCAAAAUGCCAGUUUUCCAUGUAUUUUUGAGCUGGACUGCUUUGUUUCUGCUCUUUCUGAUUUUCAUAUCGUUUCUUGGUUAUUGCUUAUAUGUUAAACACAUUCAUACGAAAUAUGACCACAUACCCGGACCCCCGAGAGACAAUUUUCUCUUCGGACAUUCACCAACCUUUUUAAGGUUAAUGAAAAAAGGCGACAUCAUUCACGACACGUUUCUGGAAUGGGCCGAGACAUAUGGGCCUGUUUGCAGAAUAAAUGUUCUACAUUACGUUUUGCUCAUUGUGACCUGCCCAAAAGCGACCAAGGAGAUCCUGAUGUCCCCAAAGUAUCCAAAAGAUAGAUUCUACAGCAGAAUCUUCAACCUGUUUGGUCAAAGGUUCCUAGGUAAUGGCCUGGUAACAGCAAGAGAUCAUGAGAAGUGGUAUAAACAGCGGCGGAUCAUGGACCCUGCGUUCAGCAGCUUGUAUUUGAGAGGUCUAACCGGCACCUUCAACGAGAGGGCAGAGAAACUGAUGACUACACUUACAGAUGUCGCUGAUAACAUGACAGAGGCCAGCAUGCUCCACCUCAUGAACUCUUUUACUCUUGAUGUUAUUGCUAAGGUUGCAUUUGGAGUGGAUUUAGACCUGCAGGAGGAUAGAUCAAUUUUCCCUAAAGCCAUCGAGACAUGUCUGAAAGGGAUGCUCUACAAAGCCAGAGACCUCUUAUAUGAAUACAAGCUGAAGAACCGACCAUUCAUUAAGAAAGUGAGGGAAGCUUGCCGCCUGCUGCGUACAACUGGAGCUAAGUGGAUUAAUGACCGAAAGACUGCCAUGCAAAACGGCGAUGACGUCCCCAAGGACAUCCUCACACAGAUCAUCAAAACAGCCGGCAAAGAGGAAAGCAUGACUAAAGAAGACGAAGAGUUGAUGUUGGACAACUUUGUGACAUUUUUCAUUGCGGGGCAAGAAACAACUGCUAAUCAACUGGCUUUUUGCAUCAUGGAACUUGGGAGACAUUGUGACAUUCUGGAGAAAGUGAAGAAAGAGGUGGAUGAUGUCGUUGGGAUGAAACAGGAGAUCAGUUAUGAUGAUCUGGGACAACUGGUCUACCUCUCACAGGUGCUGAAAGAGACUCUGAGGAUGUACUCGACAGCUCCAGGCACAUCUCGUGCAAUAGUGGAAGAUAUUGUCAUCGAUGGAAUCCACAUACCGGGAGGAGUCUCAUGUUUUUUCAGCUCCCAUGCGACUCAGAGAAUGGAGAAAUUCUUCAAGGACCCGCUGACAUUUGAUCCAGACAGAUUUCACCCAGAUGCUCCCAAGCCGUAUUAUUGCUACUUCCCCUUUGCACUCGGCCCACGCUCAUGCCUAGGACAGAACUUUGCUCAGAUGGAGGCUAAAGUGGUGAUGGCCAAGCUGCUCCAGAGGUUUGACUUCACCCUUGUUCCGGGACAGACCUUUGAUAUAAUGGACACUGGCACACUCAGGCCAAAGAGUGGAGUGGUGUGCUCUGUCAGACACAGGGAUCAAAACAAGUAAAUGUCUUACAGGGUCGUAUAACAUGAGAAGAAACAAAAAUGGUUCACUCCUGCCUUAGCCAAAAGCAUCUUAUGCUGCAGAGUUCUUUUAUCACUUUUCUGUGAAUGUCUAGCCUUUAUAUAGAACAUAGUAUUAUCAGUGCUUGUUUUAAUGAAACAAACAGUAUAUCCACAUGCAGUUAUGAGGAUGAAUUGCCCCUUGUGGCAUACAGUUUUCUGUAUCUGUUAUUAACGACCACUAAUAAGCAUAUGGGGAAACAAACACUUUGCCUUCUGUUAUUAGUUAUUAACUUUGUUUGUUUUGCACUUCAAUAAACUAAUAAUUAAUUUAA